AUGAUUCCGUUUCCCGAGCGUCCAUGGGUGGCUUUCUGCCUGGUCCUUCCAAUCAUCGUCAUCUGGUGCUGGGCGCUGCUUGACGACUCUCACCCAACCUUGCUUGGGCUUCUUUUCGUUUUGGACGCCAGCAGCCGACGGCCGACAGAUGCGCAAUUCAUCACGCAAGCCGCAGCCGUCGAAUUCCCUUCACCAAUCGACUAUGCGCCCAUCCAGCAGGCAUGCGCCCGCAACGGCGGCUUCAGAGACGGCCUGCUGUUCACCUGCGAGGGUCAGCACGGCGGCGUCGGCAUGGUGAGGAACCAGAUCCUCAAGUGUGUGCGCUAUGCGAUGCACGCCGGAGCCGCCAUCGUGGUCCCGUCCAUGUCCAAAAGGAACCCAAAGGACAUUAGCGACAUUGAGACCAUCUACGAGGCGCCCCUGGAGUACCUGUUUGACCGCCACGCCUUUGUUCACCACCUCACUGCCGCCUGUCCAGGCAUGCGCGUCUACGACUCCGAGGAUCAGUUUCCUCACUACAGCGACAGGGUCCCCGAGAACCUGACCAUAGUUGGUGAUCAGUUCGACCCGGAACACCCUCCCGAGGGCAUCCGGCAACCGCGCGAGUGGCGCCACUCGUUUGAGGGCUGGCUCGAUGGCCAGGGGGUUCAGGUCAGUCCCGAGAAGCCGGUGCACGUCAAGAUUGACCAGGCGUUUCUCGAGUAUCCCGUGCGAGACGACGGACGAGAAUUUGCCAACGAAUACGGCAAGAUCUUGUCCUUCCGGCACGAGACCCGCGACUUGGCCGCCCGCGUCCUGCUGGAGAUGAGAAACAAGUUCAACCUCCCCAUCGACCCCAGCCGACCCAUCAAUCCCGACACCUACUACGGAGCACACCUGCGGCUGGAAAAGGACGCCGUCGAGGCCUGGGCCCCCGAAGACGGCUGGCGGUUCUCCAACAUGGAGGACCAGUUCCAGGAACAGUUCAAGAACCUGGCCCGGUUCCCCGGUCUCGACGUCGUCUACGUCGCGUCAGGCAACCUCACAGUCGUGGACCUGUUCCGACAGGAGCUAGCCAGGCGCGUCGAGGUCGACAGCAGCAGCACCGACAAGCCCGGCCCAUACAGAGGACGAAACAUCACCGUCGUGACCAAGCACGACCUGCUGCCCGACAAGACCGUCAUCGACAGUCUGCCCUUUGACCAGCAGGGUCUGGUAGAUUUCCUCGUCAUGUUCCGUGCCAGUGCCUUUAUGGGCGUGGGCCAUUCUAGUUUUCCCUGGAACGUGGCGCUGCGGAGGCACGAGCUGAGCAGGUACGAAAGCAUUGCCAACGAGGGGACCGACUUGCUGAGGGAUGAGCUGAGCGUCAUCAUGGGCAAGCGAAGUGACUAUCAUCACAUUGAUCCGUUUGCAACGGGUCUCUGGCCAUGA